AUGUUAUCGGAUGAAUCCCAGAAUAUAUCACAGUCUGUACUUGCAAAACAGUCUUGUAACCUUGCGUCUGCUUCGUCCGACCACUUCCGUAUUGAGCGCAUCACUGGUUACCCAGGACCCCCUUCGGCACCCAAAGUGGUCAGUGCCUUCAAGGACUGCAUCAACCUGGUUUGGUCUCCCCCUAUCAACACUGGAGGAACUGAAACUUGGGGUUACAACCUUGAGAGACGCAAGAAGGGAAGCAACUUUUGGAGCCCUGCAAACCUAGACGGGCCUAUCAAAGACACAACGUUUGCAUUGAAAGAUGUUAUUGAGGGAGCAGCUUAUGAAUUUCGAGUGUCAGCUAUUAACAUCUCUGGUGUCGGCGAGCCCAGUCCUCCCUCUGUUAUAGUCUUCGCCAGAGAUCCCAAGAAACCCCCUGGUAAAGUCAUAGACCUUAAGCUAACAGAUUCCAGUUACACCACAUUUUCUCUGGCUUGGACUAAACCAAAGGAGGUGGAAGGGGUGGAGGAUGAAGCCAAAGGCUACUUUGUGGAGAUCAGACCAAAUGAGAGCCCAGAGUGGACUCGUUGUAACAUCAACCCCAUCAUUCCCACCUCCUUCAAUGUGAUUGGCCUGAAGGCAAUGGGAAUGUACUGGGUGAGAGUGAUCGCCACAAACGAUGGAGGCGAGGGCGAGCCCCAAGGCUUUGAUAAUUACAUCAUCGCCAUGCCUCCUCCUGUGAGGCCACAAUUUACAGGAAAAAUGAAGAGCUUCAUGGUUGUGAGAAAGGGGAAUACUGUACGGUUCAACAUCAACUUUGAGGCCUCUCCUUUGCCAGAUAUCUAUUGGUUGAAGGACUGCGUGCCUGUGUCCAAACGUGUCACAAUCACCAACUCUGAGCGAGGUUCACAGCUUCUGAUCCCCACGUCAGAGCGCUCUGAUACGGGCAUCUUUACCAUCAUUGUCAAGAACAUGGUCGGUCAGGAGACGUUCAGUGUCGAGAUCAGAGUCACAGAUGAUCCCAAGCCUCCUGGCCCGGUAGAAUUGGAACAGAAUGUUCCUGGAACAGUGACUGUGACCUGGACUCCCUCCCCAGAUGAGAAGAAGGAUGACAGGCUGCACUACAUUGUGUACAAACGUGACUCUGUCAAGCGCACCUGGAGGAUGGUCGCUGACAGCCUCUUCAACCAUAAGUUCACAGUUACCAAUAUUCUACCCGGCAGAGAGUAUAACUUCAGAGUGUUUGCUAAGAAUGACAUGGGCCUCUCAGAACCUGCUGUGUCCCCUACAUGGAGAACCACAAGGAGAAAAGAUAAGUUCAUAGUGGACAUGCCAGGCGUAAAGGGCUUGGACCUCCAGUGUCCACCAUCGUUUUUACUCCGAUUGAAAAUCCGCACCGCUCCACCAGGCUACGAGUGCUACAUGAGCUGUGCUGUACGAGGGGAUCCAAAACCCCAUGUCACAUGGUACCACAACAACGUCAGCCUCAACACCAACACCAACUACCUUAUCACCAACGUGUGUGGGGUCUGCACAAUGCUCAUAUUGAAGAUCGGACCCAAGGACAGCGGUGACUACAGUGUCAUCGCAGACAGUCCCUUGGGCAGGGCAGAGUGCUCCACCAAGCUCACAGUCAGAGAGUGAAGAGUUCACCCAGAUGAUUGAUUGGCAGCAGCUGGCAACACAAACUUAUGCAUUAACCUAUCAUAGUCUUCAAAAAGAUGUUGUGUGUGUGUGGAGGCUCAGAUGCCCUUUUUCUUUAGUCAAAAUGGUACACUCUUAGUUUUCUAUGUGCUUACAUGCAAUGUGUCCUUCUAUUUAUUAUAGUUGUUAAAACAUUGCAAAGCAUGAAAUGAACAUGACAAGACAAAGCGUCUUUAUAUGUAUAAAUAAGUAAAGUGAAGAGACAAAUCUACAUAGGCUACAUAUCUUGCAUAUGGAAAUGAGUUCAGCCUAUUCGUUGAAUUAAUAUGGGGAUUCCAUAUAAUAUUGGUAAUUAAGAGUGAUAUUAUGUGUAAUUGUCUUUCAAUUCGUUAUACAGAUGUAUCAAUCUAUUCAUAUUUGAAUCAAAGUAAGUUACAUUUGUCAUUUAGCGGAUCCUCUUACCCAGAGUGACUUACAGGUUAAAUUAAGGCCAAGUGCUUUGCUCAAGGGCACCUCAACAGAUUUUUCACCUAUUCAGCUUGGGGAUUCAAACCAGCGACUUCUCACUUACUGGCCCAACGGUCCUAACCGCUAGGCUAUCUGCCACCUUUCAGGCACUUUUUCACAACACACUUGAUGUCAUGCACAGAUUGUGAGCAACUAUUGGCAGCAGUAAGAAAGCCAUCACCAUCUGCACCCAUUCAACAUAACCGAGAGUUACGUUUUUAUUACUUCUUAACAAAAUACAAUUUUGGGUUCUCAUACAAUUACAAUUAUGUUUUGAUUAUUGCUUGAACAGUCACUAAGAUUAUAUUUGUUUGUGAUCUUUGCAAAAUAACUAU